ACUUCCUUUUCUAUUUUGAUCAGCUUCAGUGAGGUCGGUUAAAGUUGAUGAAGAUAAUUUUUUUGAAUUAUUAUUUGUCAUUUUGUUUAAUAUUAUAAUUAUACACAGACAAGUUGUUGAUAUUAACUUUACAGUCAUCGUUGUGUUAUUAUAUUUCGCCGAUGACUAUUUGUUUUAGAGAUAUUUACGGAUUUAAUAUCUGGUAGGAUAUGCCAUGCGGCCAUCGUAUGGUUUGUUAAAAUCACGUAAAAAAUUAUAAUUAGUUGGAAUGCUCAAUUAAAUUUGUCUCUUGAACAGUUUUAUUUUAAUUUUGAGCCCCAUUUGCAAAGAUUAAGAAUGCCUAAACGAAAACCAAGUCAGCCGCAGGGCGACGUGCACGUGGAAGUCGAGCCGCGCACCAACCAUGGAAAACGGAAGAAGGACCGGGCCACCAUGGUUGUACCACAGACCUCGAAUCUUGUUCCGGUGGAGCAUGCUGAAGUGGGAAAGGUUUCAUCGAUUGGCACCACUAGCAAAGAAGGAUCCGGAGAAGAUCCCUUUAGAGUUUCGGAGGCUAAUCUUGCAGGUGAAGCAUCUAGAUUGUUAAGGGCAGCCAUUUCGCCUAAUACAACAUCUGCAUAUAGCACAGGGUUGAAUGCAUUUGAACAUUUUCGAAUUAAAGCUAAUAUUUCAAAUAUUUGGCCACCUCCUCAAGACCAUAUUGUGAAUUUUAUAGCUCAUCUGUCAUUAAAUGGCUAUGCUGAAUCCACAGCAAGAAAUUACAUUGCAGCCAUUGGGUAUCAAUGCAAAAUCAAUGGUUAUCUUAACACAACCAAUAGUUUCAUAGUUUCAAAGUUACUUGAUGGGCUUAGGAGAUUGAAGGGAAAAGCAGAUAGUAGGCUUCCAAUUACAGAGGAAAUUCUUGGUAGAAUUGUUGGGGCAUUGUGCAAUAUUUGUUCUAAUACUUAUGAAUCUAAAUUAUUCACUGCAGCAUAUACCCUGGCUUUCUUUGCCUUCCUUAGAGUAGGAGAAAUAGUAUUGAGUAAGGGCAAUGAUUCUCAUUCAAUACUUGGUAUUAAUGAUGUAAGAUUGGAUAACAACCAGCUUACCAUUACAAUAAAGUCUUCCAAAACAGAUCAAUUAGGGAAGGGGACAACAAUAGUGCUCAACUCCUAUGACUCCUGCAUCUGCCCAGUGAAGUGUAUGUUAAGUUUUUUACAGAUUCGACCAAAGUUGUCAGGUCCUUUGUUCUGUCAUUAUGGGGGAAAACCUUUGACAAGAUAUCAGUUUGCUGCAGUUUUAGAUAAGGCAAUCGCUGCUAUUGGUUUAGAUAAAAACUUUUACAAAUCUCACUCAUUUAGAAUAGGUGCAGCUACUACUGCUUUUCAGCGAGGGUUGUCUGAUGAGGAAAUCAAAAUUGCAGGAAGGUGGAAAUCUAGUGUUUUUCAAACAUACAUACGGUCACCACUCACACAAUUUUCACCUCUUUGUUAAUUUUCUUUAACAUUUCAGAGCUUAAUCUUACAAGUGUUUGGAUAGUUGGUUCUUCAAUCAUAAAGCAUGCAGCCAUUGAAGCAAGAGUAAGA